GAUAAUUAUAACUCCAUGGACGAGACGACUCGAUCAAGAAUCGCUGUUUUCGCAGCACAGGCGCGGAAUUCAAAACUAAAAGAAAAGAACAUCAACAGAUUGAAGAAUGGCAUCAUGGGAUGAAUUGAUGCCACCUGGAGAUGAGGAUCGAUUCUCUGUAGUGAGCCAGCCAUCUCAACAUAUUUCCUCACUUGCCAGGUCAAGUUUCAGGGUAACAGUAGAUCGCCCACCCUCCACACCAUCUCUACAGGAUAUAACGGAGAACAUUGAUAUUACUGAUUCCCAACUUAUUUCAAGGUCAAGGUUCAACAAAUCCUCAACAGGAUUGACAAACCUUUUGCAGUCUGGUACCUUCAGCCAAUCACAGCAAACGUAUCUGAAUCAAUUGACGCCUUUGAACAUUAACCAAUCACAGGCAGCAUAUUUAAGUUCAUCAUCAGAAUCAUUAGAUUUUGAUUUUGGUGAAGCUGCAUUACCAAGUCAAAGGCAUGAUACAAGAACCGUUCCUGCCUUGGAAGUACCGCAGUCAAGCCAACCGAGGAUGCCUAGUUACACUCCAAGAAUCAUAAGCCAAACACCAACACCUCUAACUUUCAAACGCAAAGCCAGUGAGAAUGACAGUGAGGCAAAUUCUCAGAUGGUCCUAAGGCAAGUGGCUGAGUUGCCUGAGAAAUACAGACAUAUAUUUUCUUUCCCAUAUUUCAAUGCAGUACAGUCAGCUGUGAUGGAUGAUGCUGUGUUUAGUGAUAAAUCUCUUGUUGUAUCUGCGCCGACUGGGUCUGGGAAGACUGCUGUAUUUGAGUUGGCCAUCAUACGACUACUGAGUUUUGGAAACCUCUCCUCAUUCAAGAUAGUCUACAUGGCACCGAUCAAAGCAUUGUGCACAGAGCGUUGUAAUGAUUGGCAGGCCAAGUUUGGACCACUGGACAUCAAGUGCUCUGAAUUGACAGGCGAUACUGAAGAUGAAGAUUGUAAUCAGUUGCAGAAUGCAUCAAUCAUUCUGACAACACCAGAAAAAUGGGAUAGUAUGUCGAGGAAAUGGCGAGACAACAAGUCAUUUGUUAAGCUGGUCAGGCUUUUCCUGAUAGAUGAGGUACAUUCAGUGAACGAUGACACACGUGGGCCAACUGUAGAAGCCGUGAUUAGUCGCAUGAAAACAGUAAAAGCAACCACUUGUCCAUCAUCAGGUCAAGACCCUAAGCUACGCUUUGUGGCUGUGUCCGCUACUAUACCAAACAUUGAGGAUCUUUCUAGAUGGAUAGGUGACUCCAAAUGUCCAGCAAUUUAUCACAAGUUUGAUGAAGGGUACAGGCCAGUGCCCCUUAAGAAGGUUGUGCAUGGAUUUUGGUGUAGUGAAAAGUGUUCACCUUACAAGUUUGAUCUUACCCUUAACUACCAAUUAUGGAAAAUGAUCUCGCAAUAUGCGAACCAGAAACCAACUCUGGUGUUCUGUUCAACCCGUAAGGGAGUACAGUUAGCAGCAAAUGAGUUGGCUAAGAACUCUCACCGCUGGAAUUCUACCCCUCUAAACACUCUACGCAAUGAAUCAACUAUCUUCAAGGAGGCCAAGUUAAGAGAUCUAGUGAGCAAAGGUGUUGGCUACCACCAUGCCGGUAUGGACCGUGAUGACCGUAUGAACAUUCAGAAUCUUUUCCUACAAGGAAAGUUACCAGUGCUAAUGGCAACCAGUACUCUAGCAUUUGGUGUGAACUUACCCGCUCAUCUUGUGAUCAUCAAAUCAACCCAGUACUAUGUGUCAGGCCAGUAUACAGAGUACAGUGAGACGCAGGUUAUACAGAUGAUGGGACGGGCAGGCAGGCCUCAGUUUGACACAUCAGCUACUGUAGUUAUCAUGACUAGGAACCAGACAAAGGCCAAAUAUGAGAACUUAACGGCUGGUAAGAAAAACCUGGAAAGCAGCCUGCAUAACCAUCUUAUUGAGUAUCUAAAUGCUGAGAUUGUUCUGCGUACAAUUAAUGAUACAAGCAUCGCAGUUGAGUGGCUUAAGUCAACGCUUCUCUAUGUUCGCAUUCUGAAGAAUCCCACUCACUAUGGUAUCCGUGCCAGUGCUUCUGAAGAUGACAUUGAAAAACAUCUGAUGGAUAUCUGUGUAAGUGACUUAAACCGGCUGUCAAGUAUUGGUGCAAUCAGUAUGGGUGAAGAGGGAUUUGACAUCAAACCAACAGAUAUUGGUCAGUUAAUGGCACGAUACUGCAUUGCAUAUGAUACAAUGAAGAAGUUUUGCAGUGUCAACGUAGACAUAGACCUUGAGGAAAUGGUAAACCUUUUAUCAUCCUGUCAUGAAUUUGCUGACAUUAAACUUCGCAUGAAUGAGCGCCGCUUGUUGAACACACUGAACAAGGAUCCUAACCAUAUCACCGUUCGGUUCCCACAUACAGGCAAAAUCAAGUCAACACAGCUUAAGGUAAACUGCCUCAUUCAGGCCACACUUGGUUGCUUACCAAUUCAAGAAUUUUCCCUGCAACAGGAUGUGAUGAAGAUAUUCAGAGUUGGGGCACGUGUCUCUAGAUGCUUGUAUGAAUUCCUACAGCUCAGAGGUAACUGCAAGUCCCUCCUAAAUGCUGCCUACAUGGCUAAAUGCUUCAAGGCUAGGCUGUGGGAAAAUAGUAGGUAUGUAAGUCGGCAAAUUGAGAGGAUAGGCUCAAGCCUAUCCACCGCCCUAGUGAAUGCAGGCAUUGGAAGCUUCAGUAAAUUACUAGAGACCAACCCUAGACAGUUAGAACUGUCUAGCAAACAUGAAAGAUUCUCAGCUGAAAUUAGGGUUACAGUCUGCCUGGAAAACAGGGAACAGUUACUGCAGAAACAAACAACAAAUGGCUUUCAUUGCUCUUUGCUUCUCAUUGGUAAUGCAGAUGAUGAAAUCAUUUUGAAGAAGAAAAUAAUGGACACAACGUUACUAAACAGUAUUGUGUGGAGUAGGACACUAACACUGCAACGAGCAAAAAAUGGGGAUGAUAUCACAGUCAGUUACAUUAGUCAAGAAUAUGUUGGCUUGGACGUACACCUGAAUCUUACCAUAAAAUACACAGAUCCCCGAUAUACAACUAAUUCCAAGCAAGGCAGCCAAUCACAGCCCAAACUGCAAGCUUUCAUGAAGUCUGUAAAACCUGUCAGAGGUAUCAGUGUUAAGUCGUCAAGCCCAGAGAGCUCAGAUGACAUAGAUUGGAGCCCUUCAGCCACACAAGGAAACACCCAGGAUGCCCGGAAGGCUUGCAAUCAUAAGUGUGUGAACAAGCGUGCCUGUGGACAUCCAUGUUGCAAGAAUGGUGUCGCGGUUAAACAAUCCUCCAAAUCAAGGCCAGAGAAGAGACAGCUGGUUAUGAGUGGUACAACACCAAAGAACCAGAAGACCAUGGAUGCCUUCCUCAGUCAGCUUCAUACAAGAGCUAAUUGUAUGCCGGUGGCACCACAGAUAAAAAGAACACGAGUGGACACUGGUAAUCAUGAAGGUGCUCAGAAGAGUUUGAAAAAAUUCACUUUCAAGAGAAAGUCACAAAUUCCUUCCUUACACUCCGCUAAACUUAGUGCCUUACAAACAGGAGAUGAUGCACCAACACCAAACAUACCAACCAUACAAUUAGACAACACUAUGACUGCAACUAGUUGCAUCAGUGCAAUGCCUAAGCCUAGAGGAAUCCAAAAUGCUUUGCUUACUAACACAGAUACUCUUUUCACUGCAGGACUAGGACAGAGAGAUGUAGCCUUGCAUGGCACUGGGCUACCUCCGACGAGUGUAUCCUUAUAUGGCACAGGACAAACAGAUGGCAGAAGUCUAGCUCCGAGAGGUGGCAGAGGUCUAGCCCAGACGGGUGACAGAGGUCUAGCUCAGACAGUUGGCAGAGGUCUAGCUCAGAGAGACGGCAGAGAUCUAACUCAGACAGACAGCAGAGAUCUAGCUCAAACAGAUGGCUUUGGAUUAGCUCAUACAGGAUUAGCUUUGACAAGUAACACAGGAGGUGCAGGACUAGCUCAAGCAGGUGGCAGAGAACUAGUUCAGUCAGGUGGCACAAAAGCCAGUGGACUAGCGCAGAGAGUUGGCACAGAACUAGUUCAACCAUGUGUCACACGAGACACAGGACUGGUUCAGCCAGUUGGCACAGGGUUGUCUCAGCAAUGUGGAACAAGAGACACAGGACUAAUUCAACCAGGUUGCACAGGACUAUCUGACACAGGUGGCAGAGGACUAGUUCAGACAAGUGGUAUAGGACUAGCUCAGAAAGUUGUUGCCUCACAUGGUGCAGGAUGCUAUAAUACACCUGCAAGGCGAUAUGGCAGUACAUCAGGUUGUCCAGCCACACCAGCCAGAGGAUGGGAACACUUAGAUGUGUAUCAACUAAACAGAAGCAAACUUCCAUAUCCACUGACCUGUGAAUCUGACAAUGAAGACCAUUUUGAUGAUCUUCCGGAUGUUGAAGGAAUAAGUAAUCUUGUUACCUCUAAAUGGACCUACAACCCACCAAAAGCACAGAGGCGUUUGAUACUAGAUGUAGAGGAAAACAAACAAAUAUUAACGCCAAGUGAAAAGGUGCUUCCAACUGGACCAACAGCUCAGGAACAGCUGCUUCAGUCUUGUAAUAUCUUCAGAAAUACCAGUUUUAAGGAUUCUUCAUGGUCUUUUAGCAGACAAACAAAUACUACUGAAGAGAUUAAGACUGCUGCACAUGAUGAUAUUCAAGUGAUAGAGCAGCCUACAGAUAUCUUUAACGUUUCUUACUCUGACGCGGAUUUUUAUGCUUCUGAAGGAUCUUGUUGUGGCAUAACAGAUGGUCUUGUGGCAGAGAGAGAGCUUUCUGAAGUGCCUAACAUCCAGCUACCAAUUGCUGCAGUAGGUUGUGUGACCAGAACAUGUGAUAGUGUUAAUAUGCCAGAGCAACUGCCAAUCAUUUUGAGUUCAUCCUCUUCAGAUGAGGAUGUAUAUAAUUUUGAAGGAUCACCUGCAUUAGCAGGUGCUUCUGGUAUGGCAUUGAAUGAGCUUCCUUUUGAACAAAAGAUGGAAAGUACCACCUUUCAUCAACACAUAGAUGAGAAUUUUAG